AGAUGGUUGCGUAAGAUCUGCAAUAGAGAGUUUUGAAUGAGUAUUCGUUUGCUAAUAAGGCAACAGAACUUGCUCACACCUUGUUCCUACGAAACUCAGGUUUUGUACACCUGUUCUGGUUCAGAAACAGCCUUCAAAUACAUCGCGCACGGCACCGUGACGCAACAUAUAGGGAAAUCUACAGGGACAGCAGCCAGCAGCGCCGCCGCGUCGCCGCGUCCGACAGACAGACAGAAGCAGAAGCCGCGCGCAAUCAAGGCGAAAGGUGCAUGACCUUGGUGCUGUGAUCGAGUUGGACCUCAACAGGAAACCUCGCCAUUAGCUAAGAGGGCAACAUGAAUAGUGUGGAAAACGACAACUACAAGGCCCCGCUGCCCGCAUCGGACGAGCCUGAUGGAGCUGCCAACGAGAAACUCAUGGCGUCUGGGGACUCCACAAAAAUCAAGUUCACCAGUGGUAACAGCCACCCCACUGCAGAUGGCAAGGCUGACCUCAAUGGAGAUGCCAAGGUCGACAUUGAAAAUGUUCAGGCCUUUGUGGGCUUGAGCAAAGAAGAGCUGAUGAAGUAUGCCACCGACCCAUUCUGGGUGCGGAUGCGAAUGCUGCUGUUUGUCCUCUUUUGGGUCCUGUGGGUCGCCAUGUUGGUUGGUUCCGUCAUCAUCAUCGUGCUGACUCCGCGCUGUGCACCGCCCCCUCAGCUGGAGUGGUGGCAGAGUGCUCCUGCCUACACCGUUCGUGUCGAUGCUUUCCGUGACUCUGAUGGCGAUGGCGUAGGGGAUCUUAGAGGGCUUGUCUCGAAGUUGCAGUACAUCAAGGAGUUGGGCAUCGGGACCUUGAUUCUAAGUCCAGUGUACCAAAUGGCGACCACUCCACCACACGGACCAACAGACUUCAGAGCAGUCGACUCAAAGUUGGGCUCUAUGGAAGACUUUGAAGCGCUUCUCAACACCACCCAGGAAAUGGGGCUGCACGUUGUGCUGGAACUGGAUCCAACUUUCACAUCUAAGGAGCACGAAUGGUUUAAGCAGAGUCGCGAUCAUUCCGAAACGAGUCUUCUCUAUAGGGGCUACUACAUCUGGCGAUACAGGGACCUAUCGGAACCACGCAACAACUGGCUAACGGCAAGCGGGGACAGCGUAUGGGAAUAUCAAGAUAACAGAGGUGAAUUUGUCAUGCUUGCAUGGAAUGGCACCUAUCCCAAGCUAAACUGCGAACAUGAUGGUGUCAAGUACGAGUUUGUUGAUAUAAUGCGAUUCUGGCUCGACAAAGGCGUUGCUGGAUUCAAGAUGAAUGGAGCUGCUUACUUGUGUGUCAACCAUGAUUUUAUGGACGAGGAGGAGGACGCAACAGUUGCAAGUGCGAAUGAUUAUGAUAAGCUGGAUCACAAGCAGACAAAGGAUCGGCCUGAGACAUUUGUAUUACUGGAGGAAUGGAGAGAAUUCCUUCUCAACUACACAGCUAAAAAGGGGACUGACUAUAAGGUUCUCAUGGUCGACGACGCAGCUAGGGUCACGUCCGGCAAUGCGUCGGCAUACUUCGGAACCGCUGAAAAGCCUUUGGCUGACCUGGUUCUGAACCGGGCUGUGCUCACGUUGGCACAGCCUUUGAAUGCACAUUCGUUCCAUGCUUUUGCUGAAAGGACCUUGAACUCUACACCUGAAGGAAAGUGGCCAAGCUACGUUUUUGACAGUGAAGACCUUCCUCGCCUUGCCUCACGAAUCGGCCAUGGAUAUCUGGAUGCGGUGCACAUGUUUGCCCUAAUAUCCCGCGCGACACCAUUUUUAUUGUACGGUGAUGAGCUGGGCACAUUGGACACUGAAAAUGGACAACCAGCUGCCAUGCAGUGGACUGCGGACGAGCCACCAGCAACUUUCUCCCUACCACGGCAUCCUGAUUACCAGACUCUGAAUGUUGGGGCUCAAGAGGGCAACGGCACAUCGCACCUCGACGUGCUGAAACGCGUGGCGUCUCUUCGGGACAAGCCAGCCGUGCGUCUUGGCGACACUGUAUUGGCCGUCUUGGGAGAAGAUGUCUUCGUAAUGAUGCGAGUGCGCAAGGGUACACCCGGGUACCUUCUCGUGGUGAACUUCAGCCACCAGGAGACUACGGUGGAUUUGGGACAAGCGAGUAGCCACGUGCCAGAAUCCGGCCACGUAGAGGCUGCGAGCGUGGGAUCGAGUCGUCACCACGACGCCAAAGUGAAGCUAGCCGGCUUCCACCUAUCACCGCAUGAAGCUGUGCUCAUACAAUUUGUACCCAUAUUUCAGUGAUGCUUCUCUAGUGCGGUUCUGAGCUGUGAGCUACGCUCUCUGUAGUUUGUCCUAGCCCCUUUCUAGCUAAUCUACAGGAGUGUGAAGGCUGUAUUCAUUCAUUCAUUGUAUGUAUGUAAAUUAGGUUACUGGCAUCUGUUGAGAAUUAGGACAAGCAAUCUGGAUAAAGAAAUAUGGCAUUUAUUUGCUGC